AAAACAACAAGGAAUUAAACAAAUAUUAAAAAAACUGGGAACAAAAAAAUCCAGUAGAAGUCGUGGGGUUCAAUGUUCAUGUAAAUUGAUUGACACGCCCCCUAAACCCAAACCUCUCUUUUUUUUUGUUUCUUAUAUUAUAGAGAAAAAGAGCUUUUUCCCGGAAAGUUGUUCUCAUCUUGGAAAAUCAAAUCUCGGAAACGCAGUCUUCAGCUAAAUCAUGAGCAACGAGUACGAUUAUCUGUUCAAGCUUUUGUUGAUCGGUGACUCCUCUGUUGGAAAAUCGUGUCUUCUUCUCCGAUUCGCUGAUGAUGCUUACAUUGACAGCUACAUAAGCACCAUUGGUGUUGACUUCAAAAUUAGGACGAUUGAGCAGGAUGGGAAGACGAUUAAGCUGCAAAUUUGGGAUACUGCUGGACAGGAGCGUUUCAGGACCAUCACUAGCAGCUAUUACAGAGGAGCUCAUGGAAUCAUUAUUGUUUAUGACUGUACUGAGAUGGAAAGCUUCAACAAUGUGAAGCAGUGGUUGAGUGAGAUCGAUAGAUAUGCCAAUGAGAGUGUUUGCAAGCUUUUAAUCGGUAACAAGAAUGAUAUGGUUGAAAGCAAAGUUGUUUCCACCGAAACUGGAAGGGCCUUAGCAGAUGAGCUUGGAAUUCCCUUUCUUGAGACCAGUGCCAAGGAUUCUAUUAACGUUGAACAGGCAUUCUUAACUAUUGCUGGCGAGAUAAAAAAGAAAAUGGGAAGCCAAACGAAUGCAAACAAGACAUCUGGUCCUGGAACUGUCCAAAUGAAAGGUCAGCCAAUCCAACAGAACAAUGGCGGUUGCUGCGGUCAGUAGUUUAAAAAAUGUUUUAAUCAAAACUAUCUGAGACUCUUUUUUUACUUCCUUUUUAACUAAGUGUUGUGAAAACCAAUGGCUGUUUAAAACAACUAAGAAAUGUAAUAUUCCAUGUCGCUGUGUCUUGAAUAAGCUAUGGUGUUAGUUGCAAGAUACUUCUCUUUAAUAUAGUUCAGUCUUGACUUUGACCACACAGGGAUAUGCAAGCAACUCAUGGUUUUGAAUUUUGAUUGUGUAUAUAUAUUAAAAAUAGUGAUAGAUAUUCGUUGCUGUAUAGGCUGGACCAUGUUCAUUACCAUAGAUAUUUAAAACUUGCAGCUAAGUCCAUAGAAUGAGGAAAAGCAAAAACAACAUAUGAG